AAUGCACCCUGAUUAGCAUCAUGGCAGGUCUCAUUGUCUGCUGGUUGUCACCACUUCACUGAUUUGUGACGAGUACUUUGAAAUCCAUUCAUUUAUCUGUCUGCUGUUAGUCUGCCCAUCAACUCGCUACACACUCCAGCGAGAGGAGGACUCUCAAGGUGGCAAAAAACAUGAAUUCUGCAACCACAGUAGUUCCUGACAUCCUUAAAAGUACCAGGGACCAACAAGUACUCCGUGGAGAGAGGCGGUUAUCACUAGAAGGAACAGGAGCCAAAGGUCUCCUCAUCCCAUUUGAGAGAGAAAAGCCAUCUGUGCGUCUUGCCAGACAUGGAGUGUAUCCCUGGAGGCUUUCUGCUCUUGUGUGUCAUCAGCCUAAUUGAUGCAAAAAACGCUCCUAUAAUUCACAAUGACCUCACUAAGCUGUGUGAAGAUAUUCCAGUUGAUCACCUUGCAUUCAAAAUAAAUGCCACGGAUAAGGAUAAUGAUAAACUGACAUAUUCACUCUUUGGGGAAAAUCGUAUAUACUUCAGGGUGGAAAAAACGAACGGAGAUGUGUUUAUUGCAAGGAAGCUUGAUAGAGAGAUUGUUAAUGUAUUUCCACUCGGAAUUUCUGUUUCAGACGGUGACUAUGUUGAAACCAAAGAAAUAGAGAUACUUUUGAGGGAAGCCAAUGACAAUAGACCCAAAUUUGAAGACUCUAAUUUUGACACCCCAGUGAAAGAGAAUACUAAAACAGGUAAGAGUCUGUUUAAAGUAGUGGCCACUGAUGAUGACAUUUCACAAGGUGGUCAGGUUACAUACAGCAUCGCUGAUGUUACUCCGAGGGAUGGAUUGAAUCUGUUUAGUAUUGCUCCCAUAACCGGUGAUGUCACAUUGACCAGGGCACUAAAUUACACUGGACUGAGUACUUAUUAUAGACUGAUGAUAAAUGCAACUGAUGGCGGAGGCCGUUGUUUUUACAGUGAGACUAAUUAUUUCUCAACAAUUGCUUAUUACUUUAUUACCGUUUUGGAUGUCCCCGAUCAAAACCCCAAAUUCUUGAGUCUUCCCUACAUUGGGAGUGUUGAUGAGAAUUCUGCAGUGGACCAAUCUGUUUACACCGUGACUGCCAUAGACCAAGACACAGGAAUCAAUGACAUGAUUAUCUACAGCAUUGAAGAUUCCACUCCACCUGGCCUCUUUAAAAUCUCGAGCGAUGAUGGCAUUAUUUCUGUGGCGUCGGAAAUUGACAGAGAAAUGAUUGGUGAUACUGUUACCAUGAUUAUCAAGGCCACUGAAUCCCAGCUUGACAUCAAUGAGGUGUACGCUAGCGCCACAGCUUCAAUACUGAUCAACAUCAAUGACAUCAAUGACAACAAACCCGAAUUCUACAAGUGUGAAGAAUCAGGAGAGCUGCAAAAAUGUAAUAAAGCAAGUCAAUUUGAAGUGGACGUAGCUGAGCACUCACUGGGAAGUGUGCCCAUCAACAUGAUGGUCAAGGACGCAGACAAGAUUAAAAGCAUUCAACUAACCCUGAAGGGAGCUGACAAGGAUGUGUUUUCUGUCGAGCCAAAAUUUUCGCCGGCCGAUAGCGUCGUUCAACUUGUGGUCAAAGAGCCAAAUAAACUGGAUUAUGAAAAAACACAGCAAAUGGUUGUAGAGGUGAUUGCAAGCGAUCCAGAAGAAAUCAGUUUUGUCUCCACUGCCACAGUUACUAUUCGGCUAACAGACAUCAAUGACAACAGUCCCACCUUCCCACAGGACUCCUACAUGAACUUGAAAGUGACUGAGCACUCUGACGUUGGCACGGUAGUGACUACUAUUACCGCACAGGAUCCUGACACAAUGGACAGAGACAACAUCACCUACAUGCUUCUCCCGGAAAGCAUACGGACUUAUUUUGACGUGGAGCAAAAGACGGGAGUGAUUUAUGUGAAAAACAAGACCUUGUUGGAUCGCGAAAUCAGAUCAUUGCACUCUGCCUCCAUUCAGGCCAAGGAUUCAGAUGGCAAGCCUGCCACCGCAUUACUGCAGUUCAUAGUGACAGACAUCAAUGAUCAGCCUCCGGUUAUCAGUAAAGAAUAUUAUCAGGAGUUUGUGAAAGAGGGCUCACAGUUUGAACUUCAAGUCGAGGCAACUGAUGCAGAUGAGCCAGACACAUUAAACAGCCAAAUCACAUUUGCAAUACUGCCAAGCAAGUACAGCGAUGACUUUAUCAUAGACCCCGAUACCGGCGUGUUGAGGAACAAGGUUGAACUGGACCGUGAGGCUUUGGAUGUUGAGCUGAAGGGCAAGAUUGAGCUCAAUGUUACUGCCACAGAUAAGGGCACGCCUUCCCUGUCCACCAUGGUCAGCGUGUUCAUCUACGUGGAGGAUGUCAAUGACAACGCACCAGAUUUUAAGAACCCCUCUUAUAAAUUCAGCGUCCAAGAAGGGGAAAAAGGUGCAUUUGUGGGUACGGUCCUGGCUCAAGAUUUGGACCAGACAUCAGACUUCAACCGGAUAGGUUUUCAAAUCAUCUCUGGAAGUUUUGACAGUUUUACCAUUCUCACCACUUCUGAAGAGCAAGUUUACAUGGGAAACAUUACAGUGGACCUGGGUAUUGACCUGGACUAUGAGAGUGCUCGGCAGAAAUACACAUUGCAGGUAGAAGCCAUAGAUCGGGGACAGAAAAAAGCAGUGGUGACGGUGGAGGUGGACGUGUUGGACGUGAACGAUGAAAGGCCCGCGUUCUUGCCUUCGAAGCCCGUGAAAGUGAAAGAAAACACAACAGUGACUGAGGUCAUUGGUAGAUUUGAGGGCUGGGAUGAGGACGGAAACCACUCGCUGAUCUAUGAGUUGGAGUCCCUCAAAUGCAGAUGCAAUGGGUCUCUGUCACCUUGUGACUGGUUUGUCCUGGAGGCGACAGGAGACGUUCGGGUCAAUCUGGAACACACGCUGGAUUAUGAGCUGUGCGACCGGGCGGUGAUGGAAGCUCAGGUGAUAGACGAGUACACUGAGAAAGGGGAGAACUCCAGUCUCGUUGCAGGACAACUGGAGAUCAUCAUUGAAGACAUCAACGACAACGCCCCACAAUUCCUCAUCUCAGAUUCGCUAUUCGUUGUCGUAUCAGAGUCUGCAAGCAAGGGGACAUCAGUUGGGGGAGUCAUUGCAACAGACCGGGAUACAGAAAUUAAUGCACAGCUUCAGUUUAAAGUAAGUGAAGUGCGAUUUGAGGACAUCAACAACAACACAGGUGGCAUCCGGUCAUUGUUUGAGGCUGUUACCACACAGCAAAAGGACAUUUACGUUGGGAUUAUUCAAACCAGCGAGGCGCUUGAUGUCACUUUGAAAGGGAAAUAUUGGGUAACAGUGACCGCGACUGACUCUGGCGGCCUCGCCACCAACACUACACUGGAGAUUUUCACAGUUGACACAUCUUAUAGAGUUGACCUUCAAUUUAGAAAAACACAGGCUGAGGUCAUAGAAAGCAAACCUGCUAUAAUCAGAACACUCACAGCUGCCACCAAAGCUGUGGUUGAGGUUAUUACCAUCAAGGAAGCACCUUCCGAAACAUCCAGGUCUUCAGUUGGUGCAAUAAUGGUGGCAUAUUUUCUCUAUUCCAAUGGGAGUGCUCUCACUAAAAAUGAAGUGGAGCUAAUGAUUGCCGUACCCCAGCAUGCUAACCAGUUGGACCAGUUAGGCCUCAUGUACAUUACUGAUUCAUCAAUAAAACCUACGGAGUCUAACCCUCUAGAAUACGUUCCGUAUGGCAUCAUGGCAGGUCUCAUAAUUGUCCUUGUUGUGCUCAUUACUUCACUGGUUUGCACUCGCAGAAACUACAGGAGGAAGCUCAAGGCAGCCCAAGCCAUGAACUCUGCAACCAUGGUGGCAUCUGACAACCUUAAAAGUGGCCCUGUGGUGCCAGGGACCAACAAGUACACCAUGGAGGGGGCAAACCCAGUUCUCAAUCUUAACAUUGACACAACCAUGGUGCUGGAUCUGGAUGGAGACAGCUCAGAUGUUGACAAAGUCAGCCUUGACUCCCUGGACUACAGUGAUGACGUGAACACAUCUGAGAUGGAUACAAAGCCCAUGAUGCAGAAAAUCCAGGAAGAAGAAGAACCGGAGGAUGUCGGGCCCCCUGAGUACAUCGAACCUCUGGGCGCGGCUUUGGCCGAGCGAACCCAGAAAAAAGGUUCAGACGAUCACAGAGUGGGUAUCAGCAACCCUGCAUUCAGCACAACAGACCUGUGACGUGAUGGUGGACAUCCACCACGGAUGCGACUUCUUUACAAUCACGCAACCAAACUGACAAUUCUAACACAAGAUGUUGCUGAGAUUCCUGUUUAAGAUGAAAACAUUUAAAUGGUGGACUGACCAUUGUGAGGAUGUCUUUUCAGCAAACUAAAAGAACAACCAAAAAUUACAUUGUAAAAUCCUCACAAUGCCCACCCAUGCAUUUACAGUACAUUCUUGUUUGAAUAAUAUGAACCGGAUUUGUUUGUCAGUUUGUCACACAGUUAAGUGAUUUGACUUUUCACUCCAUGAUUUUGGAAACCUCGCACUGUAAAUUAAACCUGAAAUCGUAGUGCUCAUCAUCAUAUUUAUUCUCAUGAUAAAAUACACUUUAUACAUGCACAUACUGUAGUCAAUAGUGAUACACAUACAUGAUAACAUGAGCAGACGGAAUGCUUAAGGGAACAACCAACGUCAGGUCCGCGGGCCAAAUCCGUCCUGUGUCUAAAUUUAGACCUACCCGAAGCAUCGUGUCAUAAAAUCAAUAAUAUGUGGCCCGCUGGGACUGUUUUGGGGACCCGUGCACCCCAGAGCGAGCGCAUUCUACCCCGUCCCUUCCCAGUUCACGCGCACACAGGUGUCCAUUUGCAAGAUUAUCAAUGACACAGACAGUUCCUCAUUCAAAUGUCCGAAACCAAGGACUCAGGCGACACUAAGAUCAGAGACGUUGCCAGUGACGCUGCACAGGGAAAGGCGAAUAACCCACGCACUAUACUGGUGAGCGCUCUGUCUACUUACUACUCACUCUACAAACGCUUCUGCGCGCCCGCGCCGCCCACUCACUGUGAUCGCAAACAACAAAAAGACUCUGGGUUAUUAUUUUGUGAUUAUGAAGUAUUUUGUGUUGUAUGAAGUUAAAAUGAAAGAGAGAAUGAUUUAAUUUGGAUUAAAAAUCUGACAUGAUACAACCUGGCCUUU